AUGGUUCAAUUAUUUAUGGACUUCGAGGUCAAAACGGAUGAGGCUACUCAAUCAUUCCAGGUGUUGGAGCAGUGCACUUACUCCAAGAAGAGUCUUGGGGACUCUGGCCAACAUGAAAUCAUGACGUGUGACUGCCACGAGGACUGGGAUACUGGUCUCAAGAUCAACCGAGCCUGCAGCGAAGACUCAGGCUGUAUCAAUAGGGCGACGUCAGUGGAGUGUGUGCAUAAGAAGUCAGGCAGUGGAUCGUCUCUGUGUGGGGAGAACUGUCAAAAUCAAAGAUUCCAGAAAAGACAGUACGCCAACGUGGCUGUGAUCCAGACCGAGAAGAAGGGCUAUGGAUUAAGAGCAGAAGGCUCCAUAUACGAGAAUGAUUUCAUAUACGAGUACAUAGGAGAAGUAAUCGGAGAGCUGACCUUUAGGGAAAGAAUGCUUCAGUACGAUGCCAAUAACUUCAAGCAUUUCUACUUCAUGAUGUUGAAAAAGGACCUGUUCAUUGAUGCCACCUUGAAAGGCUCCUUGGCGAGGUUUUGUAACCAUUCGUGCAACCCAAACGCAUACGUAGACAAGUGGGUAGUGGGCGAUAAGUUGAAGAUGGGAAUAUUCGCCAAGAGAGAUAUUGCCAAGGGCGAAGAAAUCACUUUUGAUUAUAAUGUAGAUCGUUACGGAGCCCAAAGUCAACCGUGUUAUUGCGGAGAACCCAACUGUAUUGGGUUUAUGGGUGGUAAGACCCAAACGGACCUGGCUCUCUUGCUUCCUGAAGGUAUCAGUGAUGCCUUAGGUGUCACGCCUCAAAUGGAAAAGAGUUGGCUCAAAGAAAAUAAGCACUUGAGAUCAAAACAACAAGCCGAUGAUGCUAUCAUCAAUGAGAUGUUCGUAAAGUCCAUUGAGGUUAGAGAGUUGGAGUCUGACGGCGAAGUAUCUAAAGUUAUGGGUGCUCUUUUAAAGACCCAGGAUAAGCCUAUUGUUGACAAAUUGAUACAAAGGAUACAUUUAACGAACUCCUUUUCAAUCAAUAGUCAGAUAAUUAGAUUGCACGGGUACAAAACCAUGUCCCAGUUGAUCAAGGAGGAUUUCAAGGACGAGCCCGAGCUGAUAAUCAAGAUUUUGGAAAUCUUAUUGAGGUGGCCCAAGGUAACCAAGAAUAAAAUCUCGUCUUCGCAAAUUGAAGAUGUUGUGAAAGACCUUGAGAAGAACACCGAGAAUGAAGAGAUUAGGAAAUUGAGUAGCACUUUAUUGAAAGAUUGGGGCAAUUUGCAAAUGGCAUACAGAAUCCCCAAAUUUAAGAGAGAUCUGGAAUCCAGCUCACCCGCUCCCAACUUGGCGGGUGCAGGCAGAUCUAGGAGUCCAGAGAAGAGCAUCAAUGAAGUUAUUGAAGAGCUGAACGGUGAAGUUGUGAGUGGCGAUGCUGAAGGAAAUAAUGAUGAUGAUCUUCCAGAAGGUUGGGAAUCAACUUUUGAUGCUAAUAGUAAUUCAUACUAUUACUUCCAUAGAGAACUAGGGAUCUCGAGAUGGGAUAAGCCAACAAGAACGAUACCUAAGGGCCCAAAAAUUGACCCAGAUGGAGAAAAGUAUAAUGGAUUGGCUUCGACUUCUGCUCACAGCAACAACGGCAAUAAUGGUAACGGUAACAGCAACUCGCAUUACCUGACGCCCUCUUCUAAGCCAAAGAACACAGAUGAUUUUAUUGCUAGAAGAGAAGAAGAACGACUUCAACGAGAGAGUGAGGAGAACUUCAAGAAGCUUCAAGAAAAAGACAAACUUCUUCAGCAGUUGAUUCUUCAAUCGCAGCGAGAAGCGGAAGAGAAGAGGUUGAUUGAAUUGAAAUUGAAAAAGGAGUUGGAGGAGAAAGAAAGAGAAAGACAAAGAAAAAAGCAUAAAAAGAAAAGUGCAAGCAGUAGUUCGAGCAGCAGUUCUUCCAGUCGUCAUGGAAGCAACCCUGGCGCAGGCUGGACUCAUUUGUUGGCCAAGACCGUUCCUAAUUUAAUUAGGAAGUACGAACAAGACAUUGGCCACGACAAUAUCAAAUCUUGUGCUAGAGACAUAAUAAAGGUGCUAGCAGAAAAGGAGGUGAAUAAAAAGAGUGAGCUCCCGAAGGAGUUAGAUAAGCAUAAAAUUAAAAAGAUAAAUGACUUCAGUAAGACUUAUAUGGAGAAGUUCUUGGUGAAAUAUAGAGCCAAGAAACAACAGAAAAGGAGUAGAGAAGAUGAAGGGACACUUGCAAGUGGUGAUAAAAAGCAAAAAGCAUAA